AUGGCCGACGUCGACCUCAUCAAGAGCCGAUUGACCUCCCACCCAGAUUUCCCCAAAAAGGGGAUUGUCUUUUUGGACAUUUUUCCAAUCUUGAGAGACCCUCUCGUCUUCGAGACGCUCAUCUCGCACAUCGUCCAGCACAUCGCCUCGCACACUCUCGCCCUUACUCCCACCAAAAAAAUAGACGCUAUCGUCGGUUUGGACGCUCGGGGCUUCCUUUUGGGUCCAAUCAUCGCCCUGAGGCUUGGUGCUGCUUUUGUGCCAGUCAGGAAGAAGGGCAAGCUCCCUGGAGAAACCACUUCCGUUACCUACGAGAAGGAAUAUGGCGCGGAUUCCUUUGAAAUUCAAACGGAUGCAAUCAAGCCAGGACAGACUGUAGUUAUCAUCGAUGACUUGAUUGCAACUGGCGGUUCCGCCAAGGCCGCAGGCGAGCUAGUCGAGAAACUCGGAGGCAAGACUCUAGAAUACAUCUUCAUCAUCGAGCUCCUCUUCCUCAAAGCCUCCUCCAAGCUCAACGCUCCCGUCUAUUCCAUUGUCCAAAGCGAAGACUAA